AUGUACUCUCCGACAGGAAAUCCCGAGCAUCAAUUUCUGCGUACACGCAACCGGUUCAAAGCUGAGCUACAGCUCGAGAUUGAUGUUAUUAUGAGUCGCAAGGGGAUUUCGCCUCUCCGCCUAGCGCUAGCAGUUGACAACCUCACCGAUCUUAUUGACGAGGUACGUGUCGUCGAACGAGCGAGUGCCACUAUGUGUAGGGAGAUGCCGCAAUGCCGUACCGUGCUUGAUAGAAAAAACUAUUACGGGUACAAUGGGGCAUUUUUAACGAAGACUCACAAGCUUGAGGACCAGUUGAUUAUGCUCAAGGAGAACCUCAUGCGCCUAUAUUCCGAUCAGCAUUGGAUAUCUCGCCAGAUUGCGGCUGUAAACAGAUAUUCCGACCUUUAA